GAUCACUUUAGCUAGUUAUAAACUAGCUAGAAGCAAGUAUGAAAUUUACAACUCAAAUUUUCCUCUUACACUAAAAACUCAACCUUAAUUACUUAAUUUUCCAACAAUCAAUGUACUUCAUUAUACUCAAUUUCCUUCUUUUCACUCUUUUACUUGUCACACCAUCACAAUCUCUUGCGCAAACAAUGAACCAAGUUGAUCAUGACUUCCUCUUCUGCGAAAGUUGGCGAUUAUCUGUUGAAACCAACAACGCUGGAAAUUGGUCUAACAUACCUGACCAUUGCCUUGAGUAUGUGAAGGAGUACAUGACUAGCAAUCGUUUCGUGUCGGAUUCUAAGAUUGUCGCCGCGAAUUCGCUGAAGUUUGCUAGAUCAGUGAACAUCUCUGGUGAUGGGAAGGAUGCUUGGGUGUUUGAUAUAGCCGAGACUCUUGUUACUUUCUUGCCUUACUAUAUAACUCAUGGAUUUGGGUCUAGUAAAGACUUCCGAGAGUGGACGAGGCGAAAUAAGGCACCGGCGUUACAGGCAAGUUUGAGUCUAUAUAAGGAGCUCCAACAGCUCGGGUUCUCGAUCGUCCUCUUGACAGGCGCGUCUGAACCUGAUAGGAAACAGACCAUAGAGUUUUUGCAGUAUGCCGGAUACAGUAACUGGGAAAGACUAAUUUUGAGGGGGGCUUCUGAUGAAGGCAAAUCGGCAUUGGAUUUUAAAUCCGGAAAAAGAAAGGAGCUAGAAGAUGAAGGUUACAGAAUCCAUGGUAAUUCAGGAGAUCAAUGGAGUGAUUUGUUGGGACAUUAUUCAAUUGCAACAAGAUCAUUUAAACUCCCUAACCCAAUGUUUUAUACUGCUUGACGAUGUUGUUCAAUACAAUACAUCGUUCAGUUGCACUAUUUAUGUGUACUACACUAGGUUCAAGUUUCUUUGGAGAACUACUUUAUAGAAGUAGUUUAUACUACUAAAUUUUGAUUGUCAUUGUAUAAGAUGCCCCUAUGUUUUGAUGUAAAACUUCGAUCAUAUAUAAAUAAAUUAAAGGUCUACGUUUUUUACUA